AUGGCCACCGCUUGGGCGCAGAAGCAGUUCUCCCUCCCCGCCAAGUCGCGCGGGUCCUAUCUCAUCACGGACGACGUCCUCAAGGCGGUGCCCGAGAUCAAAGACUUCAAGAUCGGCAUCCUGCACCUGUUCGUGCAGCACACGAGCUGCGCCCUCAGCCUCAAUGAGAACUGGGACAGCGACGUCCGGGCCGACAUGAGCGAUGCGCUGGACCGCAUCGCGCCCGAGGCGGGGCCCAAGGGCGAGGCGCUGUAUCGUCACGACGAUGAGGGUCCGGAUGACAUGCCGGCUCACAUCAAGAGUGCGCUGAUCGGUGCGAGCGUGACGAUCCCCAUCAAGGACGGCAAGCUUGCAACCGGCACAUGGCAGGGCAUCUGGUAUCUCGAGUUCCGCGCCUCGAAGCACCAGCGGAGGCUCAUGGCGACAAUCCAAGGCCAGAAGGCGUAA